AUGGCUGUGCGGUCUCGCGCUCGGGCUGGCCCCCUACGGCCGCUGGCCGAUGUGGUGGCGGCGGCGAGGGGGAGCGGCGAGCUGGCGGAUGGCGUCCUUGCCGAUCUGGGCACGCAUCUUGGGCGCCUCGGCCCGGAGGACGGACUCGCAGGCGUGGUGCUGCCACUUGCGGCGGCGGCGGUGCGGCAAGUGAGUGCGAGGGCGGCGCUGGGGUAUCUGAUCCGCGAGGAGGGACCGGCGCUGGCGGCGGCGGCGGCGCAGGUUGGAGCCAUCGGCGAGCCGGCUGAUACGCUGAUGGUGGUGGUAGCGCUGAUGAAGCUGGCACCAACGCUGAAGCGUGCCUCACGUCCGGCGAACGAGUCGGGAAACUCGCCGUGGGCGUCAGUGGCGGUCCCGGUCGGCGUUGCAGUCCUGAGGUGUGCCGCUGACGAGCCGGGGCCGACUCGGCUGACUCUCGCCGCGGCUGAUAUGGUGGCGAUGGGGCGGAUGCUGCAGGCAGAGGCCGACGCAGCUCUGGAGACACUGCUGCGGACGCAUGCUCGAUGGGCG